UUGCGGGAGUAGGACGAGAACGACAGCGUAUGAGGUCAAACAUCUACUCACUAAGCUAAUAUAAGCCGUUGAUCUCGAUGGACCAGCCGCGUAAUUCACUCCCACGAAACCCUAGCCUGUAAGGUCUGAUCUCUCUUGCUCGUCAAGUGUUCGCCGGCGGUUCCAUCACAUCAAGAAGCUCUAAAACUAAUUCAUGGGUAAGGUUCACGGAUCGCUGGCACGUGCCGGAAAGGUGCGGGGUCAGACUCCAAAGGUGGCCAAGCAGGACAAGAAGAAGAAGCCGCGAGGCCGCGCCCACAAGCGUAUGCAGUACAAUCGCCGCUUCGUCACCGCCGUAGUUGGAUUUGGGAAGAAGCGUGGACCCAAUUCUUCAGAGAAGUAAGCAGCUUGUUGUAUGAGGAGUUUGGUUAUGGAGGCAGUGGUUGAUCAUGAAGCACUAGUUUGGCACUCUUAUAUUUUGUUUGUAGCUAAACUACAUUUCAGUUUAGUAGUUUAUAACUUAAAAUCUGACUUUGUUUUGUUCAAGACUUAUCUUGAGAUUUAAAACAUGAAAAUGCAUGGGAUGUGCCGAUUUUGAGAUUUCUAUGAGCAUAGAUUGUGUUGGCUUCCU